GCGUCAUUAAUUAUCGAGUUAUUCUCUAUCUUGAUCAGGAUCCCAACCCAUUCCUCGGUCCCUCCAUGGAGCCUGAUGCGUUGCUGCGUAGCGCCGUCCCCCCUCUGCCCAGUAAGGAGCAGGGCAGACUGGGAAACUCCGGUCGAAGCCUUGCUCCGCUCCACUUUCCCUCCGAGCUGCUUCCCUUUGAUGAAGCUCUGAGGGACGUCUGCACCAUUCGACCUUUGAUGGACGGAGAUGUGGUGGCUCGACAUGGCAGCCAGCUGUUGGAGAUCAAAGCUGCCGAGCGAAGAGAAUUAGAGAAGCAGAUGAAGAUAGAGAACCUGUUCGUGACCUGGCAGCAGAGGUCAGCACAGUCCAACAUGCCCAUUUCA